AAUAACUUCAUACAGAAGAAACAAUCAGAGCAGCGCGAGAGGGGGCGUGUCUCUGUGCGCGAGAGACACACACCGGGGCACCACGCGACUCCAGUUCAAACAAACCAGCGCGCGCCUUUGUAGACAAGACCCGCGGCGCUUUCAUGCUCUCACCGGUUAUUUAUUACGUGUCUUUAAUUGAACGUCCCUGACAAAGCAGAAGUUUCAGUAAAUCCAGUGGCCUCGUUGAGGGACGGCAUGCAGGCUCAAUAUCCCAGCAGCCCACCACUGAAUACGGUGAUCCUUCAAGGGAACUGGACCUUUUCACAGACUUGCCCAAGACUAUCCUACACCAUCUGACCUCAUUUGGGGUGGAAUCCCUUGAACCAAGCCCCUUCAGCGUGUGUGUAACCAAGAGAGAGAUAGAGAAAGUGUGUGUUGCCAUGGCUUUCACACUUUCAGAAAUCAUGGCAGCCCGGCGACAGCAGCAACAGUCUCAAAGAGCAGGAAGAGGAGUCGUAGAAGUGGAUGAAUACAGCGCCAACCCGACUCAAGCAUUCACAUUCUAUAACAUCAACCAGGGUCGCUUCCAGCCCCCCCACGUCCACAUGGUAGAUCCGUUACCCCACGAUGCCCCCAAGCCCCCGGGCUAUACUCGCUUCGUCUGUAUCUCAGACACACACUCACGCACUGACACCAUUCAGAUGCCAUACGGUGACGUCUUACUGCACGCUGGAGACUUCACAGAGCUCGGCCUGCCCAGCGAAGUCAAGAAGUUUAACGACUGGCUUGGCACUCUGCCCUACGAGAUCAAAAUCGUUAUAGCCGGGAACCAUGAGCUGACCUUUGAUCAAGAGUUCAUGGCGGACCUGAUAAAGCAGGAUUUCUACUACUUUCCCUCAGCCUCCAAACUCAAGCCGGAGAGCUACGAGAAUGUGCAGUCCCUGCUCACCAACUGCAUCUACCUGCAGGACUCUGAUGUUACUAUCAGGGGUUUCCGUAUCUACGGCUCACCGUGGCAGCCGUGGUACUACGGCUGGGGUUUUAAUCUCCCACGAGGACAAGCUCUGCUGGACAAGUGGAACCAGAUCCCAGACUCCACGGAUAUCCUUCUCACACACUGCCCUCCUCUGGGUUUUUUGGAUUGGGUACCCAGGAAGAUGCAGCGUGUUGGCUGUAUGGAGCUUCUGAACACAGUCCAGAGGAGAGUUCAGCCCAAACUACAUGUGUUUGGACACAUUCAUGAAGGUUACGGUAUGAUGACUGAUGGAACCACCUCAUUCAUUAAUGCAUCAGCAUGCACGGUGAACUUCCAGCCAAUGAACCAGCCUAUCGUUUUCGACUUACCCAAUCCCAGGAGUUCAUGAUUGAACUGAGACCUGCCCACUUCCCCAUUCUUUCAAUCAGGGUCCCUCUUUGAGCGUGUAUGGAUACUGUGUAGUGUAUAUAAAGCUUGCGAGAAUGAUGCUACUUUGGAUAUUCCCAAGGACAUUUUCAUCCAUUUGUGCCGUCUGCGUGCUCAAACAUGAAUAGCGGCAUUUUGCCUCUUUGAAAUUUGGACUCUUUUCUGACUUUUUGCAUUGUAAUUGAAACGGCAUGACAAUCGUGUAUUCAUAAGGUCAUGGAAGCCUCCGUGCACAAGGUGGGAAGUCAAGCUUUCGUCUUACUGGCUGGCACUUAUUAAAGGAACUUUGUAAGCUUGAAGCCUCAAUGGAACCACAAAAAUAAAAACAAACAAAAAAAUCUCAUGUUACAUUUCUGUGCUCUGGAUCCACUCUUGAAUGUUCCAGGAUGUGCCCUGAGAGAAACAACACUAUGGUGCAAACAAGUUUCUUCAGGGUACCAUAUCUCUCUCUCUCUCUCUCUUUCUCUCUCUCUGAGUCUAAGUCUCUCAUCAUACUUAUUCCUAUCUGUUACGCAGUAUCUGCUCUGUUGUUAUAUGUUGCUCUUUUCAACUUCGGGCCAUGUUGGAUUAUAUUGGGAGGAAUAAACUUGCUCUAAACAGGAAUGUAAUGUUUAUAAAAUAGAUGGCAAAAAAAAAAGAUUCCUUCUACUUUUUCAUACUUUCUUUAUUGUUUGAUUUACUGUAAAUGUGCAAAACUGUGAAUGUGUUUAAAAGCAAACAGUCCUUUACUGAUGCAGUGUGAAUUUUUACAGUAGUUUGAAGUGUUUGUUUAAGGCCAAAUAUUUAAUAGUUCUUCUAAAGCUCUUCGGUUAACGUCCCUCCGAAUAAUAUCAAAGACUCGGCACGCGCACAAAGUGUGCUUUUGCAUAACAAGAAUAUGUUGCACUUUGAUCCAUAUGCUCCCACUAUAAUUUAUUAACAUUCCUCCUGGUGAUAAUUUAUUCCCAUGUGUUUUACAGCUCUUCAGCAUUAACUGUGUGUGGCAUUAGGCCUAAUAUGUUGGUUCUGUUAGAUGCAGAGGGUUUUCAUCUACUCCAUAUAAAUGGAUGAAUAAAAACAAAUAAAUCGAACAAAUUAUCCUGCUGUGUGUGUGUGUGUGUGUGUGUGUGUGUGUGUGUGUGUGUGUGUGUGUGUGUGUGUGUGUGUGUGUGUGUGUGUGUGUGUGUGUGUGUGUGUGUGUGUGUGUGUGUGUGCGCGGGGGCAGGUUUGGGUGGUUUACGAGGAAUUUUUUUUAAGGUUACAAACUGGUAAUUACAAGGGUAUUAUGCUAUAAAUGUGGUUUAUGAGGACAUUGCUAGUGUGCCCAUAAUUCAAAUCACUUAAACAUACUAAACAAUGUUUUUUUUUUUUUAUGUAAAAAUGCAGAAGUUUUUUGUGAGGGUUAGGUUUAGGGGUUGUGUUAGGGGAUAGAAUCUAUAGUUCAUACAGUAUAAAAAUCAUUAGUUCUAUGGAGAGUCCUCAUAAGGACAGCCUCACCAACGUGUGUUUGUGUGUAUGUGUGUGUGAGCGCGUGCGUGUGUGUGUGCGCAUGCGAUUAAUUGCUCCUCUAUCAUAGCCUGAGGAAAAGAAGAAUGAACGGAUGAUAUUGGAAAUGCCGACUAUGAAGCUGACGUCUAUGAGACUGAAUUCUGUCUCGUCUUUCUUUCUUUCUUUUUUUAAGGCUUUCUUGCUUUUUGUACCCUUGUUUUACAUUCAGUCAAAGGUCAAACUUUGUGCUUUGCACUCUCUUGUGGCUUUUUCUCCUUUUUUCUCCUUUCGAUUUUGCAUGUUUGAAGACUUCAACAGCAUGCUGUUCUGUAUUUCAAAUCUGAUUCUGUGGAUUGUUUGUUAAUUAAUUGUGCAGUGAAAUUUUAAUGCUAAAUAUACAUUGUAAUUUUUCUUUAUUUGGGCUAGUUUUUGGUCAAUUCAUUUUGUAUGCCAUCUAAUCAAGAGUUAUGGUGUUGAAACAAUUCUGUAGCAGAGAUAAAUUCCCAGUGGAACAUAUCUUUCUCUCUUAGAAACUGUUCCUUUUUGUUCUGGGAAAGAUCAUUUGCACAAAUUAAAUGAAAACUUAUCCAUAACACUCAAUCUUCAAUCUCUGUUUCUCCUUUUUAAAAUUAAAAAUGUAUCCCUGUUUCCAGGGUAUGCCCUCUUUCUCCUUAAAUCUCUCUCUUAAUGUUUAUCUUUUUGUGUGGCUGCAGAUAAGAGAAGUAGAUUCCAACAUUAUUACACCCUCACGAUUUUGUUCUGAUCAAAGAGCUCGAAUUUCAUAUCAAUUAUCUAGACGUGGCUUAAAACUUA